AGGGAGGGAAGGAGGGAAGGAGGGAGGGAGGGAGGCGGGCACCGCUGCUGCUUCGCCUGCUAGUCAAGCGCUCCCUGUCGCGGGAAGAAGAAGAGAGAAGGGUGCUUCAGCCAGCCGCGAAGAGGAAGAGGAGGAAGAAAGAGAAGGAGGAGAAGAGGAGGAAGGAGAAGAGGAGGAGGGAGAGGCGGCCUCGCCUGCUUGCCCAUCCUUCCUGAAGCGGAGGGAGAAUGACUUCUGCAACUUCACCGAUCAUUUUAAAAUGGGACCCCAAAAGUUUGGAAAUCAGAACUCUUACUGUGGAGAGAUUAUUGGAGCCACUUGUUACACAGGUGACAACCCUUGUAAACACAAGCAACAAAGGGCCAUCCGGAAAAAAGAAAGGCCGGUCUAAGAAAGCGCAUGUACUGGCUGCUUCGGUAGAACAAGCGACUCAAAAUUUUCUGGAAAAAGGAGAGCAGAUUGCAAAGGAGAGCCAGGAUCUCAAAGAUGAGCUGGUGGCAGCUGUGGAGGAUGUGCGCAAACAAGGUGAAACCAUGCGGAUUGCCUCCUCCGAGUUUGCUGAUGAUCCCUGUUCCUCUGUCAAACGUGGUACGAUGGUACGAGCGGCUCGCGCUCUGCUUUCGGCUGUCACCCGCCUGCUCAUCCUAGCUGACAUGGCAGAUGUCAUGAGGCUUUUGUCUCACCUGAAAAUUGUAGAAGAAGCCUUAGAAGCUGUGAAAAAUGCCACAAAUGAACAAGACCUUGCAAAUCGCUUCAAAGAAUUUGGAAAAGAGAUGGUGAAACUUAAUUAUGUCGCUGCUAGAAGGCAACAGGAGCUCAAGGACCCCCACUGUAGGGAUGAAAUGGCUGCCGCUCGUGGUGCCCUGAAGAAGAAUGCCACAAUGCUCUAUACGGCUUCCCAGGCUUUCCUCCGCCAUCCUGAUGUAGCAGCAACCAGAGCCAACCGGGAUUAUGUCUUCAAGCAAGUCCAAGAAGCAAUUGCUGGCAUCUCAAAUGCUGCUCAGGCCACUUCACCAACUGAUGAGAACAAGGGGCACACCGGCAUCGGAGAGCUGGCUGCAGCACUGAAUGAAUUUGAUAACAAGAUUAUUUUAGACCCCAUGACAUUCAGUGAAGCCCGAUUUCGGCCAUCUCUGGAAGAGCGAUUGGAGAGUAUUAUCAGUGGUGCGGCCCUCAUGGCCGACUCAUCCUGCACUCGCGACGACCGCCGGGAGAGAAUCGUGGCCGAAUGCAACGCUGUGCGACAGGCCCUCCAAGACUUGCUUAGCGAAUACAUGAAUAAUACUGGAAGGAAAGAAAAAGGAGACCCACUGAAUAUAGCAAUUGACAAGAUGACCAAGAAAACAAGAGAUCUACGAAGACAGCUCCGGAAAGCGGUGAUGGAUCAUAUAUCUGAUUCUUUCCUUGAAACCAAUGUUCCAUUACUGGUUCUCAUUGAAGCAGCCAAGAGCGGUAAUGAGAAAGAAGUGAAGGAAUACGCUCAAGUGUUCCGCGAACAUGCCAACAAGCUGGUGGAGGUUGCCAAUUUGGCCUGCUCCAUUUCCAAUAAUGAAGAAGGUGUUAAAUUAGUCCGCAUGGCAGCAACCCAGAUUGAUAGUCUGUGUCCACAGGUAAUAAAUGCGGCACUCACGUUGGCUGCCAGGCCUCAGAGCAAAGUGGCCCAAGAUAACAUGGACGUGUUCAAAGACCAGUGGGAGAAGCAAGUGCGGGUUCUCACUGAGGCAGUCGACGAUAUCACUUCUGUGGAUGACUUCCUCUCUGUCUCAGAAAACCAUAUCUUGGAGGAUGUCAAUAAAUGUGUGAUUGCCCUGCAAGAGGGAGAUGUUGACACAUUGGACAGAACUGCAGGGGCCAUUCGAGGACGUGCAGCCAGAGUCAUCCAUAUAAUUAAUGCAGAGAUGGAAAACUAUGAAGCUGGGGUUUACACAGAGAAAGUGUUAGAAGCAACGAAAUUGCUUUCUGAAACAGUUAUGCCACGUUUUGCCGAACAAGUCGAAGUCGCCAUUGAAGCCCUAAGUGCAAACGUCCCGCAGCCGUUUGAAGAGAAUGAGUUCAUAGAUGCCUCCCGCUUGGUUUAUGAUGGAGUUCGUGACAUCAGGAAAGCUGUUCUGAUGAUAAGGACUCCCGAAGAGCUAGAAGAUGAUUCUGACUUUGAGCAAGAAGAUUAUGAUGUUCGCAGCCGGACGAGCGUUCAGACCGAAGAUGAUCAGCUUAUUGCUGGCCAAAGUGCAAGGGCUAUCAUGGCUCAGCUGCCCCAGGAGGAGAAGGCUAAGAUAGCAGAGCAAGUAGAGAUAUUCCACCAGGAAAAGAGCAAACUGGAUGCUGAAGUAGCAAAGUGGGAUGACAGCGGCAAUGAUAUUAUCGUCUUGGCCAAGCAGAUGUGCAUGAUCAUGAUGGAGAUGACAGACUUCACAAGGGGUAAAGGCCCAUUAAAGAAUACAUCCGAUGUCAUUAACGCUGCCAAGAAAAUUGCAGAAGCAGGCUCACGAAUGGACAAAUUGGCCCGUGCCGUGGCUGAUCAGUGCCCUGAUUCGGCCUGUAAGCAAGAUCUGUUAGCAUACCUCCAGCGCAUUGCCUUGUAUUGUCACCAGCUCAAUAUCUGUAGCAAGGUGAAGGCAGAAGUCCAGAACUUGGGAGGAGAACUUAUCGUAUCUGGGACUGGAGUUCAGAGCACUUUCACUACCUUUUAUGAGGUAGAGUGUGAUGUCAUAGAUGGGGGCAGGGCUAGUCAACUUUCUACCCACCUACCCACCUGUGCUGAGGGAGCUACGCUUGCAAAUGGAGGCGGUGACUCUUCCAUGCUGGAUAGUGCCACAUCCCUCAUCCAAGCAGCUAAAAACCUGAUGAAUGCUGUGGUCCUUACCGUAAAAGCUUCAUACGUAGCUUCCACCAAAUAUCAAAAGGUCUAUGGCACAGCGGCCGUCAACUCGCCCGUUGUGUCAUGGAAGAUGAAGGCGCCAGAGAAGAAACCAUUAGUCAAGAGAGAAAAGCCAGAGGAGUAUCAGACGCGAGUGAGAAGAGGUUCUCAGAAGAAACACAUUUCUCCAGUACAGGCUCUAAGUGAAUUUAAAGCGAUGGAUUCCUUCUAAUUCACUAGGCUUCACCUCAAGGGGUUUUCUAUUUCCUUCCUUGUUUUUGUAUGCGUACCUGCCGACUUGUAUGUGUCUGGCAUGGGGGAACAAAGAUAAUGAAGCAGUGUCAAUUUGCAUGCAACCUGAGACUCUAUUAAAGUCAUUGAGCAAUCUGCAAUUUCCCUUCCCCAAAGACCUAUGGUGUUUCUUACAUUAAACAGAGGUCUAUUACAAUUGACCCCUUUUUCUACAAUAGCAAAAAGAAUUGGCCCCUUUGACAUAGUGUUGUAAGGCCGGGUGGGGGAAGGGGAACCAGCCAACUCCAAAGGAUGGAAAACAAAUCCUUAAUGCAUGCAAGAAACAUUAGGUUGCCAGGAAUAUUUAUCAGUGGGAAACCUGGAAAUUGCAAUGGUUUGACCGUAAGAGCUUGUAUUGCUUUUGUUACAGUGCAAUCAUGUAACUAGCCAAUAUGCUUGAAUGUGUGACCCAGAUUGAGCCGAUUUAACUUUGAGUCAUCUUCAUUAUGCUAUGUGAAUUUUUUAACAAAGAUUAUGAUGAUAUAAAAAAUCAAUUAACACUUCUUUUAACCCGCAUUUUCUUCUAUUGUUUCUAGUAGUGCUAUGACAAUGCUUCUGUUUCAACAGUUCCCAUUUGACAUAAGCAAAGGUUUCUCUCUCUUUCUCUUAAAAUGGUUUUCUUUUUGUCAACUGAAUUUCUUCUGGUGGAGUAUGAAGCACAACAUGGUGGUUGACAUUGCCUUUUGUAUUAUUAUAAUUAUAUUAUUAAUAUUAUUAGAAAUAGAAGAACUGGUGAUGGAAUGUGUAGAGACAGGGAACUGACACAUGUGAGAAUUUAGAGGCAAUUAUGUAGGUGUAGCUUUGGAUUACAAGGUAUCUGAUAUACCACCGUAACCGCUAACUCUCAAUAAACUUAUUUAACCUUGGAA